AAUUAUUUUAAUUAAUUUGAUGGAUGUAUUUAAUUAGACCACUUGUGUGGAAAGGAGAAGGCCGUCUCCACCCUUUCACCCAUUAAAUUCCGUCCAGGACUCAGCUUCUAGACAGAACCAUCAAUCAAAUCCUCUUCUUUGUUGUUCAAUCUUCAUCAUCCCACUUCAAUCAUGGCUGUCAUCAAAGUCCAUGGAAACCCUAUUUCAACCGCUACACAGAGAGUUCUAGCUACCCUCUACGAGAAAGAUUUAGAAUUUGAGUUUGUUCAUAUCGAUCUUGCCACGGGAGAGCACAAGAGGGAGCCUUUCAUUUCCCUAAAUCCAUUUGGUCAAGUCCCAGCUCUAGAACACGGAGAUCUCAAGCUCUUUGAAUCAAGGGCAAUUACCCAAUACAUUACCCAUGAGAAUCCUGACAAGGGAACCCAGCUUCUUUGCCCAGGCAAGGUCAAGAUGCCAAUAUUAACAGUUUGGAUGGAAGUGGAGGCUCAAAAAUUUGAACCAGCAGCCUCAAAGCUCAACUGGGAAGUGUUUUUGAAGCCAAUUUUUGGUUUGACAACGGAUUCAGCUGCAGUAGAGGCGAAUGAAGCUGAGCUUUCUAAGGUUCUUGAUGUUUAUGAGGCAAGACUAGCUCAAUCUAAGUACUUGGCUUGUGAUUGCUUCACUUUGGUAGAUCUACACCACUUGCCUAACUUACAGCUGCUGUUAUUGACACAAAGCAAGAAAUUGAUCGAGUCAAGACCUCAUGUUAGCGCAUGGGCUGCUGAUAUUACAGCAAGACCAGCUUGGGCUAAGGUUCUUGCUAUGCAGAAGAAGUGAGAGGAGCUGGGGUUGCAUGGCUAUGGUCAUUUCUCUUCCAAUAAUUAAAGCUGUGUUCUAUUUCCCUUUUUUGGUGUCUUCUGCUGUGUGUGUGAUAUCAAUCUUCACGCGGAGAUUGAUUAUGUCGGUCUUACAUUUUAAAUAAAGUUUCUAGAAUUUUAUUAGUUUUU